AUGCUGACAGAAGCUGCUGCUGCCACUGUGUUUACUGAAGCCACAAACAUUCUAUGGCGUUGCCAUAGCAACAAAUCCAAGGCUCUCUAUGUGGCUCAACUGGACAAGCAGAAACACAAGAACAACACCCUUGUGGCUGAACUGAGGAAUGUUGAGCAGAAGCUGGAGGGUCAUCAGGUUAAGUGGGAGGAGGAAAAGACAUCCCUCAUUCAGGCCACAAAAGACUUGAAGGAGACUGUGCAGGAACUGGCCAAGAGUGAGGACGAGGCUAAGAAGACUGUAGAAAGAUCCAAGGCUUCCCAUCAACUUCAGAUUAGGGAACAGAAAGCAGAGAACAGAGAGAUUGCAUCUGCCCUCAAAAACGUAAAACAUCUGCUGGAAACUGAGCACCUCCACUGGCAGCAGGAGAAAUCCUCCCUGCUGGAGGAGAUGGAGAAAUCCAGAUCUGGCUGUGAGGUUAACCUGGAUGAGCAGAAACACAACAGCAAAACUGUUAUGUAUUCUCUUAAUACAGUUAAGCAACAGCUUGACAAACAUCUCAUAGAGUGGCAGGAGUUCAAGACCAAGGCAGAGGAGCAGAAACACAAGAACAGCACUCUCAGGGCUUGUCGGAGGAUGGCUGACAUGACAAAACUAAAAGACGUCCCUCAGUCAGGCCACAAGGUGUCUCAAGAGUACUGCAGGAAAAGGAGCUGGAGUGGGAGGGACAAGAAAUUUCCAUGAUGUCCCAGCUGGAAGAUCUAAUGAGGAAGAAGAUGAACAAGAUGAAAUGGUAUAGAAAGCUCUCCCAGUGGCCUGAUCCACAUUCAGAAACUGACAGGAGACUCAAACCCAUGCAUUUGUUUUCCUUGUGCAACCAGUGGUUUUUGGGUGCUCCGGUUAACAAAGCUUAAUUGAAGAGGAAAUUCUUUGAUUAAAAGAAAAAAAAUAUGUGAGAUCAGAUGAUACCACCUUAACACCCAAAACGGCCUUUUGAGGGUCAUGACUCAACUUUUCCCUUUGCAAGCAGUGGUUUUCUCCGGGAUGUUCCGGUUAACCAAUUUUAAUUGGAGAAGAAAUUCUUCGAUUAAAAGAAAAAAAUAUAUGAGAUCAGAUGAUACAAUCUUACCCCCCGCCCCCCCAAAGCAGCUUUUUGAGGGUCAUGACUCAACUUUUCCUCUGCAACCAGUGGUUUUCUCUGGGAUGCUCCGGUUAACCAAUUUUAAUUGAAGAAGAAAUUCUUUGAUUAAAAGAAAAAAAAAUAUAUGAGAUCAGAUGAUACAACCUUUACCCUCCAAAACAGCCUUUUGAGGGUCAUGACUCAGCUUUUCCUGCACAACCAGUGGUUUUCUCCGGGAUGCUCCGGUUAACCAAUUUGAAUUGAAGAAGAUAUUCUUCAAUUAAAAGAAAAAUGUAUACGAGGUCAGAUGAUACAGUCUUAACCCCCCAAAACAGCCUUUUGAGGGUUUUGACUCAACUUUUCCUGUGCAACCAAAAAAAAAAAAAAAAAAACACUAACAGGGGAAAGUUGUGGGAGGACAGCAGUGGAAGGGUGACAGCAAUAGCGAUCGUGGGUUUUGAAGGUUUAGAGAUUUGUGAAAUUUAACGUGUAUGGAGUGUAUAGUUAGGGUUAGUGUGUGUUUAAUGUGUAGUGUAAUGGUUUUUUUUGUUUGUUUGUCAAAACAAUGAGGCGACCACUGAAUGUGGAGCGGACGGUGCAGCUCUUCUUUGAGCUGGAAGGAGCAUUGCCUGCAUUUUAAUUUUUUUUUUUUUUUUUUUUUUACACCAUUUUAUGUUUGCAAUUUAAGUUAUACAAAUGGCUCAAUAAACAUGUUUGUGGUUUUCGGGGUAAAAAAUCUAACUUUUUACUACUCAGAUUUUAUGUUUUUUGUGUGAUUUUAGGUCAAUUGUGUUAAUGCAGUAUUUCAAAAUGAAAAAAUAACUGUACAGGUCAAUAACAUAUUCAA